AUGGAGAGGCUCUUGAUGAAGAAAAUUGACAAUGUUCAGGUGUGCGUACUGGGCCAACUGUUGUGGUGUUUUCAUGCAGCGAGCCGGUGGUCAGACAGUCUCCGGAUCCAAUCUCUAAAACUAGAGAAAGCAGAGGGUGCAUCACUGGUCACAGGUGAAGCUCUAGGAUCAAAGACAUCGGUGACGAAAGAGGCUCAAACCCGUCUCUUGCCCUACGCAGCAAUAGGCACUGGAGUGAGUGGAGAACCUUGGGCAGAGAAGUCGAUCAAUUCAAGGGCAGAAGAGCUUGGACGGGAGCCGGAUCCCUUCCUACCUGCAUUCAGUUGCAAAACGGGAAGAUGGUCAACCACUCCAAUGUCUAGUUCGGAAGCUACGGGUUACCUUCAGGAUUUCAUCAAUGAAUGCCUGCCUCUGCCCGAUUUGAAGAUUGAUCUCAACAAGAUAGGUACCCAUUCUCUCAAGACGGGUUUGCUCACCAUGGCCGCCAGAUCGACAUCCAUCAAAUUUUCAAUGUCAGAACGCAGAACUCUUGGACAUCACAUCAAGCCAUCCGACAGGUCUGUCCUCACAUACUCAAGGGAAGCUUUCACCAGCCUAUACGCCAAGGUGCUGGCGUGCUUUCAGCAGAUCCAAGCAGGAUCCUUUCGCCCUGACUCGACAGCUCUUGAACGGAUUAUGGAUGCUGCAACAGAAAUGGUCUCAGGGUUGCCAGCUCAUCCGGAAGUUCCACAGCCCCCCUGUGAGGUGCCGGAAGAAGCAGAUCCAUGGGAGAUUUCAUCAGAAUCCAGUGAGGAGGACCAAGCCUUAGUUGGAGUUUUGAGCAAUCAGGAAGAGGUGCAAGGCAGAAAACCCUUUCCAAGUGAACAGGAGGUAGAUUGCAUAGGCAUAGUCCACAGGAAGAGUGGCAUUGUCCAUGCCUUGCAGCCGUUGGGAGACUACACGUUGUGCGGUCGUCCAGUGACCAGGAACUACGUAGAGUUACAAAAAGCCGACACCGAAGACAUGGAAUGCUGCAUCCUUUGCGGCCGCCAACUAGGUGUAGAAAAAUUGGAGAGCUUGGCCGAAUGCAUCAGCAGGGUGAUCCGACACCUGGGCUUGAGCAAUUUGACCGAGCACCUGGGAGACCUGUGGGUGAAUACCCGAAGGGCAUUAUGCUUUAGGGCCUUAAGGGAGCUGGACCAUUGCAUUCUCCAAAUUGAGCUGGAGGAAGCCUAUGAGACCGUGCAAGAGUUGCUAAAGCAAUUGGGAAUCGAAGAUGCCCUCAAGGGCGAGUUACAAGACAGAGGGUUUGAAACCUUCGGAUCCCUGGCAUUCGCAGUAUCCACAACUCCGCAGCAGAUCACAGAUGCAGUGUUAGAAGCCUGGCUGCUCAAGGUCACCACCCGAGACCUAAGCCCAUAUCAGGUAUCUUGUGUCAGACGCUUAGUGGUAGAGAGUCAUGCAUUAGCAUUGAACGACCUGCAGCGCAAGGUGGAUCAACCAUCGGACCCUCAAUUAGCAGCAAGAAAGCUUCCAGUCGCAGAGCGUCAAAGUCGCCAGACGGAGCAGGAGCAGCGACUGCAAGGAUUGAUUUUCAGUCCAGAAAUCAUCCCGAGCCAUGCCUUGGUGGACACAUGUGUCAACAUGGUGGAGCAAGGAGUUCUUUCUUGGAUCAAGCCAGAAGAUUGCACUUCCAGGGCUCAGGAAAUCCAAUCACUCAAGAGAGACCCCAAAGUUUCUUUAGAUGCAGCCGGAAACUUGAAAAUUAGCUCAAAGACCAUGCACAGCACAUGCACCAUUAGCUCAGAGUUGGAUCUACGCAAUGCCUUCCAACGCCGAUCCCUUGCCAUGGAUCAAGCAAAGUUGUGUUCGUUUACAGAGAUUGAACGCUGGGUCCAGCAUUUGUUUCUGUCACAUGAACGAGCUCAGCCAUCGGGAUUUGCAUCCGUAACCUUGCAACAGAUCAUCGAGUGUGACAAGCAGAUGUUCAUCCGUGCAUCCAAUGCUUUAAUAGGAUCCUUGCAAGCCGAACCGGGGGUCGCAGUGACCCCAUUGGAUAAAGAGCUAGCAGCACUCCGCACAUCCCCAGAGCUCAUGCCAUACCUCAUGCCCAUGCCAAUGAAGUCUCUGCCCAAAGCAGGAGUUCAACAUUCCAACGGCAGCUGGUCAUUCGACACAGCAGCUGAAGCAGCUUACCCUGAGAGGAGCUCCGAGACUCGGCAGUACCAUCUCGAGAUGAGGAAGCCACAGACGGACUCCCCGGGAUUUGCAGAGCACUUGGAAUCCACGGCUCAAGAGGAGGUGGAUUUAGCUUUCCUAGAAGGGCCUUUCCACUCCGCGGAGGAAGUCACCAACCUGUUGGGGCACUCAAAAUGGAGGAUCAUGAGAAGGUUUGUAAUUGAGCAGGGAGCAAAGCUGAGGCCGAUAGACGAUGGGUUAGAAGCUCAACUCAAUUCUGCGUACACAUCCACCAUAAGACUAGACCUGCAGGAUGCGGAUUACGUUGUGGCCAUGGCACUGAAAUUGGGCAAACACAAGGAACUGAACUGGGUUGGAAAGACCCUGGAUCUUUCAAAAGCUUACAAGCAGCUUCCCAUCAGGCCCGAUCAUAGGGACCUAGCUGUUGUGUUUUUCAGAGACUCCCGAGGUAAGCCUAGGUACUAUGUCCCCAAUGCCCUUAUGUUUGGCUCCACAGCCGCCGUGUACGCAUUUAACAGGGUGAGCAGGUCCAUUUGGUUCUUGGUGAACGUAGUUCUCAAGGUACCCUCUGCGGUGUACUUCGAUGAUUAUCCCAUGUUCUCGCCUGAGGGUUCUUCUCAAGACACCGAUGCCCUGGUGUCGGAUUUCUUGGACUUGUUGGGUUGGCGUCACGACAGGACGGGCCCCAAGGGAAAGCCCUUCUCGCCAUCCUUCGAUGUCUUGAGUAUGACUUUAGACCUGAGUAACUUGGAAUCGACGGGACACCUCACCUUGAAAAACAAAGAAGGCAGGGUUGAAAGAUAG